AUGUGCUUUGGAAAACUAGUAAUCCACAAACCAUCUCUUUCCCAGCUUCAGUCUCUCGUUACUGAUGCGCUCCAUGGCAAAGGGUUUCACAUAAUAGAAGACUAUCUGCAGCAGAAAGAGAGCUAUGUGCCUCAAAAAUAUAACCACCUCUUCCUGCACCAUCUCGACAGAUCGAUAAAUGAGGAACUGGAUAAAAAGGAGUUCCAGAAUUGUUCCCUGCUGCUGAAAUGUAUCCAGAGAUUCCUUAAAGACAACGGGGACCAAAAGGAACCCUUGUUAAUUCAGCAAGGGCUGGUCCCAAAGAUGGUUUCCUGGUUUGAAAUGGUAACAGGAUUUCUGACGACAAAAGACACGGCCUCAGAUGCACUGCUGACGAAGGCGUUGGAAGACUUCCUCGACACUGCACUGAUCAUUUCCAGGCACAGCAGGAAAGGGACAAUCCAGAUGCUGGAUUCCUUCCUACUUAGUUUAGGACGGCUGGUGGCGGACUGCACUGUGGAGCUCUCCAUUCAUCAGGAGGCGCUGAGUACCCUGAACUGCAUUCUGGACGCUGCACCCCGGAAAGAGAGAAGAAAGCUCUCUUCAGCAGAAGGCACGUGCAGUGUUAUGAAAGAAUUGGCAAGGACAAUCUUGACCGUGGGAGAUUAUAACCAGCAGGUUGCUCUAUCCGAGACAUUGUGUAGAAUGACCUUCAGAACACUGAGGAAUGAGCUUGCUCUUCAGUGGUUUGAUGAUGCAGUCCUGGCUGAAGCUUUCAAAGAAAUUAAGAACCAGGAUUUUGAGACGGACUGUCGCCAGUUUCUCAAUUUCCUGAACAACCGACUCGGAGAUGAGAGAAGGGUCUACUCAUUCCCAUGCUUGGCGGCUUUUGCUGAUGAGCAGGAGUUGAGAAAACCAGCAGAUGAAAAACUAGAGGAAUUUUGGAUUGAUUUCAAUCUAGGAAGCCGGAGUGUGACUUUUUAUAUAGAUAAUGAAGAGAGUGUUUUGUGGGAGCCAGUACACCUUCCGAAGGAAGCAGUGCUCGGGUUCAGCGUAACAGAAAAUAAUAGGAUGAAGAUGUUCAUCAUUUACCUGAAGGAGCCAAUUAUUAUCAACAAAAAAGAAGCAAAGACAAUAGAAAUCCACUUCGACAGGCAACUUGACAUAUCACAAGCUUCACUUCGAGCUUUGAGAGGGGACAAACAGGUGGCUUCAUUUCAGAUUCCUGUUUUGGUAAAAGUCUCCCCUGGCCUUGAAAAAGAAGAUGGUAAGAUUCCUAGUAGCUCCAAACAAGAAGCGGAGCACGCAGAAGAAUCCACAGCCCUGCCAGGGUUCGUGGAUGAUGAAGAUGACCGUUGCAUCAUAACUUGCAGCUUGAAUGUUCAAUCAGAGCUUGCUGUGAGUAAAGGGAGCUGGGAAAAGAAGGUGGGGAAGGACAAUUCUGCCUUCAGGAGGGACAGAGAACAAGACGGGAGGAUGCCGUUUAAUUACAGGAAACAUCACUUUUUUGAGAGUAAUGAAGAUUCAAGUUCAAGUGCCAGUGAACGAUCUUGGACCCAGAAUUACAAACGGAAAUCCCUAAGAACAUAUUCCCAGAGAAGGAAGCCAAGAGUCAGGUCUCUAAGGAUCCUACCGCUUUCGCUUUCCUCCAUCAGUAGUGGCAGAGCUCGUGAGAAAGAUCAGGUUACACUAACACCAGCAUGGAAAGGCAUCUCCAGGCAAAAUGAUACCAUUCUUCCAACAUCUUCUCAGACAAAACUACAAGGGAGUUCUGUGCUUUUAACGCCUGUGGCAACUACACCAAAAACAGAACUUGGAACUCCUCAUCCAUCGGCCAGUUUCUCUUCCUUCGAGUACCCAGAAGUUGAAGAAAAUGUCCCUCAGAUUGUGAGCCGAGAAUUGUUCAUGGAAAACAGCAUCAAACACAAGCUGGAAAAUUCAGAAUACAGAUAGAUGCCAGAUGGAAGUAUUGCUGCCCCGAAGCAAUCAAGAUUGGAAGAUGCUCCAGGAUCCCCCGCUGUGACAGAUAUUUCUACUCCAUCCCAAGAAGACGUGCCAGAUAGCGCAAAUAGCUCUGCUUUGAAAACAGCCCUUGAAAACUUCACUAGAGACAUGAAAAGAAAAUUUGAGGUAUCUCUCAAGCAGAAAGAAAUUCCACUUUCUUUAGAGAAGGCGAAGGACGUGCCAGGCUGCCUCAUCAGACUUUGGAACCAGAUAUACACGUGCAGACUGAACAAGCUGGAGAGGUUUCACAGUUCGGUUCUUCAGGAGCUGAGCAACUUGGAGGAGAAUCUUCAGGGUCUCAAACGCCUCGAAGAGGAUGGUCUGGCAAGUUCCUUGUUUGUCCUGUCUCUGGGAAGAAAGAGCUAA